AUGCAGCGCGUUCAGGUCACGCCACGGAGUUAUCCCACAAAUCUCAUUGACAAAGACUGGUCGAAGAGGAAACAUUUCCAUUGGAAUAAAGAUGCACAGGUUUUCCUUAAUUUAGUGCAUGGCAUGGAAAUUCGGGAAGAUGAUGUGUGGAUUGUAACCCUUCCGAAAUGUGGAACCACUUGGAUGCAGGAAUUGCUGUGGUUACUCCUCAACGAUUGCGACUUCGAGGAAGCUCUUUCCAAAGAUCAAGAGCUACGUUCUCCGUUUUUGGAGUUUAAUUUGAUAUGUAAUAAUAAUGCUGAGCAAGCGUUAAAGUUUGUUCACGAAUUCAAGUCGCCUCGUUUGAUUAAGUCUCACCUGCCUCUGGCUUUGUUGCCCUCAAAGCUUUGGAAAGGCAAAAAUAAAGUGAUCUACGUGUUUCGUAACCCUCUGGAUGCCAGUGUGUCCCAGUAUUAUCACAAUUUGAAUUGGGGAUUUGCUUUUGGAAAGACCCUGGAAGAGUUUGUUGAAGAGCGUGUGUCCAGCGAAGACUUUAUAACGGAUACCAUUGCACAUGCUCAUGAAUUCUGCCAGCUAAGAAAGGAACCCUGGGUUUUCUACACAAGUUUCGAGAGAAUGAAGAAGGAUCUGAGGGGAGUGAUCAAUGAGGUUUCUACAUUUUUGAAUAAACCCGUGAGCGAGGAGCAAAUGGAGCGACUUUUAAAACAUUUAUCCUUUGAAGAAAUGAAGAAAAAUCCAACCACAAACCAUAGGUGGGAGCAAGCCCAAUUAAAGCUCAAAGAUGCUGGCAAGGAAAAGCACAAUUUCAUUCGAAAAGGCCAAGUUAAUGGCUACAAGGAUGAACUCAAGCCAGAGCAAAUUAAGAAGGCCAAUGAAAGGAUACAGAAGAGUCUCAAGGAUAAUUCUGUUACUAUGGAAGAACUGCUGCUACUUAAUGAAUCCGCCGUGGAGGUCUCCACCUUCUUGGCAUUGUCCUCCUUGGAGGAGGGACCAGUCUGUGUGAUUUGCACAAGGCGUUCAGUCGAGGGUGGCGGCAGCUUCUUCAUGGGCGCCGUGAUGGUCAACAGGCCAUCGGAGGAGAGGGAGGAGGUGACAGUAUCGGGAUUGACAUCACCUGGAAAAGUGAUCUCAUUGGGCGAGAACUGCUGGACAUCCAGAAUCACCUCGAAUUUCUCGCUGUCGAUGUGCUCGCCCCUUGUGUUACCCAAGAAGACCUCCCGACUGUUGCUUCUGUUGCUCUUCUGUCACGUGCAGGCGCAUCUCUCCAAGCGCAGCUACUCGGACCAAAGUGUCCACGGCUACAUGACGGAGCGCACCUGCUGGUGGAACGAGGUAUGCAAGGAGGAGUUCCAGAGCCUCUUCCGCUGCAAGUGUCCGCAGUUCUCCUACUGCCGCUCGCCGGGACGCUAUUAUAAUGCCUACUGCUCGAUGACGGACACCGGCUAUAUUUGGACCCAGCCGAACUGGGAUUGGGGGGCGUAGGAUGAAGUAACCCCGGAUCCGGACCCGGUUUCAUUCCCCUCCUCGCCGCCUCGUCGUACUCCACACAGUUCGCUGUGACGUCAAAGACACUGACUGCCGACUGUAUGCUUAUAUCAACCACAAAAAAACCUUUUAAUCGGGAGAGCGGAGAGAAAAUACACAUCUACCAGGAUGAGGAGUUUAUCCUUUCCAGCAGCUGUUAUUGAUAUUUGUGCUAAAUAAACUUGUGAGUUGGUUGUGGUAAAA